UGUGUUUCUAUUUUCUCCAGAGCCAAUCACAAUCAUCGUCGGUGAGCCGGACAUGUAUAUCUACAAGGGGAGUACAAUCAAUCUAACGUGCGUCGUGAAACACAGUCCGGAACCUCCGCCUGCCAUCUACUGGACCCACAACUCGCAGGAAAUCAACUACGAUUCUCCUCGAGGUGGAGUAAGCGUGAUCACAGAGAAAGGCGAUGUGACCACGAGCUACUUGCUCAUUCAGAGAGCCAACACGCCUGAUUCAGGGAAGUACACCUGCAACCCGUCUAACGCCAAUCUGAAGACGGUGGUAGUUCACGUUCUCAACGGCGAACACCCAGCGGCCAUUCAAUAUGGCGGACAGCUGAGGUUGCAGUACCCCGUGACCGUUUUCCUCCUCAGCAUCUUGGUCACGCUCAUCGGUUCCUGAAUACCAUCUGUUCUGAUCGUUUUGCAAUUUUUCUUCUGAUGGAUGUCGUUUAAAAGUGUUGAGCAUUGUACAAGCUGCUAUUACAAAAAAAAAAAAAAACAAUUGAAGUAUUUAACUUGUGAAACAAAAUUUGAGAAUUAGAACUACAAGAAUUGGACUGGAGACUCACAGUACCAUGUUUGAAUCUGCAAAUUUGUUUGCUGUUUUUAACCUCUGUCAAAUAAUUGGUUGUUGUAAAUGGGUAGGCCCUGCAUACAUAGUUUUAUCGUAUCCUUGUAUAAUAACUUUGUUGAUUAAUAUUACUUGGGAAAUAUAUAUAUAUAUAAUUGCCGUAUGUAGCGAUUUUGAUAUGUCGUGAAGCACGACAUAUGCGAAUUAGAAUUCGGGGAGAUUAUAUGAAAAGGGGUGGUCCGUUCGGAGACAUUUGGUACUCUAUAUCUGAUUUUAGGUUGUUUGUUGCGUGGUUGGAAUCGAAAUUGUAUCAUAAAAGUAAAAAAACACGACUUUUCACUCGGUUUAUUCAAUUUUUAAUUUCCGCCAAACUUUUCUCCUUGCCUUUGGCUGGAAAUUAAUAUCUGCUUGAUACGAAAUAUUACAUCACUGCCUCUUUGAUCCUUCUGCGAUAUUAUCAGCACAUCAGAAGAAAAGAAGUUGCUUCCGUACACCAACAUAAGAUCUUCUAAAGAGGCGGCGGACACGGAAAUGUGAAAUUAACCAUGUAAAAGUAAUUUCGUAAGAAAUAUUACACUGUACUCGAUACACUGA